AUGGAAGCUGGCCUCAUGAAGGAGAAGAUGGUGUUCGAGGAAACUGAACUCAGGCUGGGACUUGGACUGCCCGGGAAUGGAGCCGCGGCAACUGAAGCAGAAGGAGUGAGGAAGAGAGGGUUCUCUGAAACUGAGACUGAAACAACUACCGUUGAUUUGAUGCUUAACCUCUCCCCCAAGGAAGCUACUUCUGCUGAUGGAGCAGAUCCACGGGAUAUGCCAAAGACUUCGCCUAAGGAGAAGACCCUUUUGCUUCCCGAUCCCGCCAAACCUCCUGCUAAGGCGCAAGUGGUGGGAUGGCCACCAGUGAGGUCUUUCCGGAAGAACAUGUUUGCAGCCCAAAAGAGCAGUGGAGAGGAAAGCGAGAAGAACAGCCCUAAUGCAAGCUUUGUGAAAGUUAGCAUGGAUGGAGCACCUUACCUCCGCAAAGUGGACUUGAAGAUGUACGAGAGUUACCCAGAGCUCUCUGAUGCCUUAGGCAAAAUGUUUAGCUCUUUCACCAUUGGAAACUGUGAAUCCCAAGGCUUUAAGGAUUUCAUGAAUGAGAGCAAGUUGAUGGAUCUUUUGAAUAGCUCCGACUAUGUCUCAACCUAUGAAGACAGGGAUGGCGACUGGAUGCUUGUCGGUGAUGUUCCAUGGCAGAUGUUUGUUGAAUCAUGCAAGCGUUUACGUAUCAUGAAAGGAAAGGAAGCUAUUGGACUGGCACCAAGAGCCAUGGAGAAAUGCAAGAACAGGAGCUAG